CUUGUAAUAAGAAAUAUAUUUUAUACAUCCAAUAAAAACCUAAUCGCAUUCAAUAUAGAAUCAACGGAAUGUUAAGAAGUUCUAAGCAGUCCAUUCAGGUGUUGAAAAAGCGGUACCUUUCCAAUGGGUCUAGUUUGGCAUCAUCUCAAGCUCAAAGGCUUGGGAAGUACCCCAUUGGACUUCAAAUGCAUGGAUACAGGGUCGAUGAGGUACAGCCUAUUCCCGAGUUCUCACUUAUAGCGGUCAAACUUAAACAUGUGAAAACUGGUGCUGAGCAUUUACAUUUAGACACAGCUACUGACACCAACAAUGUAUUUCUGAUUGCAUUCAAGACCAAUCCCCCUGAUGCCUCCGGUGUUCCACACAUCCUCGAACAUACUACUCUUUGCGGCUCAUAUAAAUACCCAGUUAGAGAUCCGUUCUUUAAGAUGCUUAACAGAUCUCUUAGUAAUUUCAUGAAUGCUAUGACUGGUCAUGAUUAUACUUUCUACCCAUUUGCCACUACCAAUGCUAAAGAUUUUGAAAACUUGAUGGAUGUAUAUCUUUCAUCAGUUCUUGAACCACUUUUAACAUAUGAAGAUUUCAUGCAAGAAGGAUGGAGAUUAGAACAAUCUGAUUUGAGCGAUAAUAAGAGUGAUAUAACCUUUAAAGGUGUGGUGUAUAACGAGAUGAAGGGCCAAUAUAAUAAUUCUGGCUACUAUUAUUAUAUUAAGUUUCAAGAAGCAAUUUAUUCUUCAUUAAAUAAUGCAGGUGGAGAUCCUAAAUUUAUUACAAACUUACAAUAUGAAGAUUUAGUUGACUUCCAUUCUUUAAACUAUCAUCCUUCGAAUGCAAAGACGUUUACUUAUGGGCCAUUGCCAUUGAUUUCACACUUAGAAAAAUUGGACAAAACUUUCAAUUCGUUUGGGAAGAGAACAAGCAAACCUAUUGUAAAGGAGUCAAACUUUACAAGCGAACAAUUUCAGGAGGAAUUAUGUAUUAAGGGACCAUUUGAUUCAAUGAGUGGUAAGAAAAUUGAAGAACAAUGGAAGGCAUCGAUUACUUGGAACUUGGGUAAUCCUCUUGAUGAAAGUAAGCAAUACGAUAUUUUCAAAUGGAAAGUACUUAGUUCAUUACUUUGUGAUGGUCACAAUGCUCCAUUCUAUCAAGAAUUAAUAGAAAAACGUUAUGGUGAUGAUUUCACUUCAAACGCAGGUUUAGACAGUACGACUUCAUUAUUUCUGUUUACCAUGGGUGUAGAUAAUAUUACCAGAGAACAAGUGGCUGGUUUAGAUGCAAAGAUUGAAGAAAUUUUUAAAACCAGAGUAAUUCCUGAAUUGGAACUCAAUGAUAAAAGUUCAUUCCAUGAGAGAAUUGAAGCCAUUUUACAUCAAAUCGAGUUAAAUUUUAAGAAACACAAGCCUGACUUUGGUUUGGGUCUUUUGAACUCAGUAGUUCCUACCUGGACUAAUGGCUUGGAUCCAAUAAAGUCAUUACAAGUUGAAAAUAUUCUCAACUUAUUCAAAGAAGAUUAUGAAAAGAAUGGAUUACAAAUUUUCAAAGAUUUGCUUGAUGACACACUUUUCAAUGAAUCUACAAAGAAAUUCAAAUUUGUCAUGGAACCGGAGGCUGAUUUUGCUGAUAAAUUAGCAUUGAAUGAAGAAGCUAGAUUGAAGGAAAAGGUGUCAGAAUUGAGUGAAGAAGACAAGGAAAUUAUCCAUAAACGUGGUGUUAAUUUAGCAGAAAAACAACAAACUAAUGAGGAUGUCUCAAUUUUGCCAACAUUAACAAUGAGUGAUAUUCCAAGAGUUGGUGAACUGUACUCAUUAGUGUUUUCUAAAUUAGAGACCACUGCAAAGAAGAUACAAAAGAGAAUUGUGGAUUCAAAUGGCUUAGUGUACAUGACCGCUGCUAAGGAUAUUUCUGGUUUACCAAUUGAAUACUAUAAGUAUUUGCCACUUUUCAAUUCCUGUCUUACAAAUUUGGCAGGAACUACCAAAACUCCAAUUACUGAGUUAGAAACAAAAAUCCAACAACUCACUGGAGGAGUUUCGUUCAGCACCUCUGCUUCAACAGACCCAAGAGAUAUUUCCAAUGCAACUCUCAAAUUCAUCAUGAAUGGUAUGUCUUUUAAGGCAAAUUCGAAGCAUGUUUAUAAUUUGUGGCAUGAAAUUGUUACCAGCACAAAGUUCGACCCGCAGGACCUGCUUGUUUUAGAAAAGUUAUCCACUUUGAUUAAAAAUUUGGGUUUAAACCAAAUGAAUCUGAUUGCUGAUAGAGGAAACUCAUACGCUAGUUCUCACUCUUCUUCAUUUCUCACACCUACCAAAUACAUUAACAAUUUAACUGGUGGCUUAGCCCAAGUUGAUUUCAUUAGAGAAUUGAAUAAAAAGUUGGAAGAACAAGGGAAUGACUUUUUGGUAAAUGAAUUACUUCCAAAAUUGAAGGAAAUUAGAGAUAUAAUCGUUGGUGGAUCUGUAGAUGGAAAUCCUGGAUUUGAAUACAGUCUUCUUGGUGACAAGGAAACUGUUACCGAAAAUGAAGUUUUGGUGCAAGCCUUUGACCAAUCAUUAAUCUCAAGUACCGAAUCUCUUAAAUUGGAUAACGCCUUAUCUUCAUUGAUUUCAUCUUUCCAAAACAACAAGGUCGGAAUCCAUGCUGGUGAGAGUAAGAAUACCCUUAUUGAUUUGCCAUUCCAAGUCGGAUUUGCUUCUUUAUCGAAGAUGGGUGCUAAAUAUGACAGUAAAGACGGUUCAGUGUUGCAAGUUUUGUCUCAAUUGAUUUCGUUUAAACAUUUACAUUCUGUCAUUCGUGAGGCAAAUGGUGCUUAUGGAGGAGGGUUAAGUUAUGAUGGAUUGGGUGGUAUUCUUAACUACUAUUCUUACAGAGAUCCAAACCCACUUAAGUCUAUUCAAUCAUUCAAAGAUACUCCAGAAAUCGUAUUAUCUAAGAUUAUAGAUCCUAAGGAUAGUUGGAAUGCUAAUGACCUUCAAGAAGCAAAACUCGCAAUCUUCCAAAGUAUUGAUGCCCCAAGCCAUCUUGCUCUGCAAGGAACUUCAGAAUUUUUGAAGGGAAUUACGGAUGAAAUGAAACAGAAAAGAAGAGAAUGGUUCCUUGAUGUCACUACACUGGAUUUGAAGGAUGCUACAGAAAAAUAUUUGGUUAAUUCAGCUAAUGAUGUUUCUACUGUAAUUGUCAACAAAAAGGAACUUGGUGAUAAAAAUCUUAAAGAAUGGGAGAUCAAGAAGAUGGAAGCUUGAACCCAAAUUCAUGUAUGUAAAUAAAAUAGAUAAUUAGGUGUUAUUUGUACUACACAGUAGGUAAAAUAAGAAACAAUUGAUAUUUAGAUAACUAACGAGAAAAAAAAAGUUCUAACCCAUACUUGACGUUACUCCUUGUCAUACAUAAACUUAACGUAGCUACUAUAUAUAUCCGAGAAUUCCUUACGAAAGUCCUCCCUCGUGAGACAAC